UUUGCAAACGAUACACUGAUCCGUGAAACGACGCCAAAUGUAAUUAUUGGUGAGGAGGGACGUUACCUUCAGAUCAAUAACAUAUCGUUGAAAGACGGUGGAGCAUACAAAUGUGUCGCAUCAAACGUUGCCGGCAAGGAUGAAUUACUCUACACAGUGGCCAUCGUCCAGGCACCAACAGUAUUAAGUGGCGGUACUCAUCAGGUUGUCGAGGGCGAAGAAGUUCAGAUUGUUUGUAAUGUAAACGGAGAGCCACCGCCAGUGGUCACUUGGCAGAGGAAUGGGAUGCGUGUAGAGACUGGAAUACGAUACAUCACUGAGGAUGAGGUGCUUCGGAUAUUGGACGCACGGAGCUCAGAUUCAGGCUUAUACGUUUGCGUGGCAACAAAUGAAGCAGGUACAGCGCAGCAAGCAUUCACACUGGAAGUACUAGGUAAUCCUCGUCUCUAA